AUGAUUCGAAACUUGCUGGCCACCGGUCCCAGCAGAGCACGAUCGUUUGUAGCGCCGAGGAGAUCAACCUUUAAAUCAAACAUUCCCCGCUUGAGUGCUUUCUCUGGCAAAAGGUUCCAGCACUCGGGGCCUCAAAAUAACGAGCCAAAAGGUGACCACAAUAAGAAUGAUAAAGACGACAAAGGUGGCCGCAAUAGGGAUGACUUCAAGACUUUGAGUGAAUAUUUAAAAUCCAAACAAUUUGCCAAAACCAUUUAUCUCACGGUCGGCUUUACGUUUGUAUUCCAUCUUCUAACAUCCCCUUCGUCAGAUCCUCAAGACGGACCUGCUUUGACGUUCCAAGAGUUCAAAACGAAGUAUUUGGAGAAAGGCCUGGUCAAGAAAAUUUAUGUGGUAAACAAACAAAUGGUAGAAGCUCAGCUCAUGCCUCAGGCUGCCGCCUCGUUGGGCUCUGGAAAUGGAUUCUUCUCAACCCCCAACUCCUCCGCUAUAGUUGGAUUCACGAUUGGGUCUGUGGAUGUUUUUGAGCAACAAAUUGAUGAAAUACAAGACAAGUUACAAAUCCCUCCAGAUGAGCGUAUUCCAGUUACUUACGUCGAAAAGGCUUCCAUUUUGCAGUAUCUUUUCCCAUUUAUUCCCACCGUUAUCCUCCUUGGGGGUCUUUAUUUCAUUACUCGUCGCGCUUCCGGGUCCAUGGGUGGUGGGGGAGGCGGCGGCCCCAUGGGAGGUAUGUUUGGUGUUGGUAAAUCUAAGGCCAAGCUUUUCAAUAAAGAAACUGACAUUAAGGUUAAAUUCAAGGAUGUCGCCGGCUGUAAUGAAGCAAAAUCUGAAAUUUUGGAAUUUGUACAUUUUCUACAAAAGCCAGACAAGUAUCGUGCCCUAGGCGCCAAGAUUCCCCGCGGUGCUAUUCUUUCAGGACCCCCUGGUACUGGUAAAACUCUACUCGCCAAAGCUACCGCAGGAGAAGCCGGAGUUCCAUUUUUGUCUGUUUCGGGCUCUGAGUUUGUUGAAAUGUUUGUUGGUGUGGGAGCCUCUCGUGUUCGUGAUCUGUUUGAAACCGCAAGAAAGAUGGCACCCGCGAUUAUCUUUGUGGAUGAAAUAGAUGCCAUCGGUAAAGAAAGAGGCAAAGGCGGUGCCAUGGGUGGCUCGAAUGACGAGCGUGAGGCUACAUUAAACCAACUUUUGGUAGAAAUGGAUGGAUUCAGUACUAAUGAACAAGUGGUUGUUUUGGCUGGUACUAAUAGACCAGACGUUUUGGAUCCUGCUCUGUUAAGACCUGGAAGAUUUGAUCGUCACAUUCAGAUUGACGCACCAGAUGUUGAGGGCAGAAAAGCUAUUUAUCAGGUACACUUGAAGAAACUAAACUUGAAUCCACAGUUCAGCGAUCCAGCUGAAAAAGAUAUGCUUGCCGGUAAGCUUGCCGCAUUAACGCCAGGAUUUGCAGGUGCUGAUAUUGCAAAUGUUUGUAAUGAAGCCGCUCUUAUCGCCGCUAGACAUCAAAAGCCAUUUGUCGAAUUAGUACAUUUUGAACAAGCUAUCGAAAGAGUAAUUGCGGGGUUGGAAAAGAAAUCUCGUGUUUUAUCACCAGAAGAAAAGAAGACCGUUGCAUAUCACGAAGCUGGACAUGCAGUCUGUGGUUGGUACCUGCGACACGCGGAUCCUCUUUUGAAAGUGAGUAUAAUUCCACGAGGCCAAGGUGCUUUAGGUUAUGCACAAUACCUACCACCUGAUCAGUAUCUCAUCACCCAAGAACAGUUUCAACACAGAAUGGUAAUGGCUUUGGGUGGUAGAGUAUCAGAAGAACUACAUUUUCCUUUUGUUACCAGCGGAGCUCAUGAUGAUUUCAAGAAAGUGACCAACAUGGCACAAGCUAUGGUUACCAAGCUGGGCAUGUCCCGUACGAUCGGGUAUGUUUCGUAUGAUCAAGACGCCAAUGGGGUUCAAGUCAACAAACCAUUUAGCGACAGUACAGCGCGGAAAAUUGACUUGGAGGUUAAAAAAAUUGUUGAUGAUGCGCACAAGCAGUGUAAAAACCUGCUGAAUGACAACUUGCAGAAAGUUGAAGACGUCGCUCAAGAAUUACUGCGGAAAGAAGUCAUAACAAGAGAGGACAUGAUACGAUUGCUGGGGCCAAGACCGUUCCCAGAGCGUAAUGAAGCAUUUGAAAAAUAUCUGGACCCAAAGAAAGACGACGACAGUGUUGUCAAUGCAUGA